AUGGACUUUGCCAACACAAUCCUUAGCAACGCAUUUGCGACGCGUACAAGGACACGCAAGCACAGACAUGCACGCGCAGCCAUAAGUAUGUACCUGCAUGUCAUUGUGCAGCCCGCGAGGGUAGCAGCUGUCCUGGGUGGCAACGGGCGCCCCCACCCCCCGCCCGCGCCCGUACACGCCGCCAUGCCAGCUUCCGCAGCCCAGGCGACGGGCAACCAUCUGUCCCUUGCGUCCCCGGGCGCCCACUUCACGCAGGUACCGCCUUCCGGGCCUUCGCCUCUGCGCAAGUGGGUUCUUAACCUGGGCUGCAUGGACUCCCAGGGGGUCCGUGGACGGGUUCCAGGGGAUCCAAGAGGAUCAGAUAAAAUUAACAUGUAUAAAGCAAGGAGUCCUGUGCUUGAGAAUUUGAAAGAAGCCGUGAUAGCAGCGGAAAUAAAGCUAGCCAACGUCUCGUCAGCUGCGCCAGCAAAGGAAGCGGAACCAGCAGCAGAAACAGCACCUGCAGCCGCAGAAGGAGAAGCAGCACCAGUAAAAGAAGUUGAGGCAGCACCAACAGAAGUAGAAGCAGCGCCGGUCUCAGCUGCAGCAAAGGUAGCAGAAACAGUGCCAGUAACUGAAACAGUAGCUGAAGCGAAAGUACCAGAAACGACAGCAGAAGCAGAGGCAGCACCAGUAGCAGAAGCUGCACCGGCAGAAGCUGCGGCAGCACCUGCAGCAGAGGCAGAAGCAGCACCUGCAGUAAAAGCAGACACAGCUCCUGUAGCAGAAGCUGAGGCAGCACCUGUAGCAGAAGAGAGGCAGAGGCAGCACCUGUAGCAGAAGCAGAGGCAGCACCUGUAGCAGAAGCAGAGGCAGCACCUGUAGCAGAAGCAGAGGCUGCACCUGUAGCAGAAGC